AUGGUUGGCUCACGAGUAUACGUUGGUGGUUUACCCCGUGAUACACGGGAACGUGAUUUAGAACGGUUCUUCAAAGGCUACGGAAGGUUAUGUGACAUCAUGAUCAAAAACGGCUAUGCUUUCGUGGAAUUCGAGGACCAUCGAGAUGCGGACGAUGCCGUCUAUGAAUUGGACGGUAAAGAUUUAUUGGGCGAAAGGGUGUCCGUUGAGCAAGCUAGAGGGAAACCCCGUGGAGGUGACGUACGACGGGGUGGACGCUCUGAAAAGGUCCGAGGUGGAUUUCGGUACGGGCCUCCGAGAAGGUCCAAGUAUCGUGUGAUUGUGAAGAAUGUCUCAUCAAGUGUAAGCUGGCAGGAUUUGAAAGACUACCUUCGUAAAGCGGGGGAAGUCAUCUAUGCCGAUACUCAUCGGCCAAGGAGGAAUGAAGGAAUAGUCGAGUUUGAAACGAGGAGAGAUAUGGAGAAGGCGAUCGAUAAAAUGGAUGACACCGAAUUAAAUGGCCGUCAUAUUCGAUUGAUAGAGGACGAUGGAGGUCGCAACAAGCGUGGACGAUCGCGUUCAUUGGACAGUCGUUCCCGAUCACGAUCCCGUGGUCGUUCUCGAUCACGAUCUGACAGCUCUUAUCGCACUCGCUCAGAAUCAAGAAGCAGAUCAGUGUCGCCGAAAAAACCACGCUACGAACGACAGAAACGUUAUCGUGACGAGUCUCGUUCGCGAUCCCGAUCGCUCAAUGGCGAUGCGAAGAAAUAUUGUUCUCGGUCUCGUUCAAAAUCGGAACGUCGGUCUCGUUCACGGUCCAACUCAAAGGAUAACGAAUCACGCUCUCGUUCACGUUCGUCAGUGCAUCUCAAGGAAUCUAAGAAUGGAACACUACGGCAUCAUUCACGAUCACGCUCAAGCAAUCCUGACACAAUAUCUAGCUCACGUGAUCAAAAACAAAGCAAGGAUACGGCCCGCUCUCGUUCACGUUCCAAAUCGGAACGUCGUUCAAACAUUCGAUCAAAAUCAAGAGACAACAAAGGACGUUCCCGUCCAAAGUCUUACUCACGCUCCCGUUCGCGAUCCGCCUCACGUUCCAACUCAGGCUCAAGAACUCGAUCUGUAUCUCGAGAUGACAAGAACCGGUCUUGUUCACAAGGUACAUACAACGUUCAGAGGAGAGGACAUCACCAUAAGCACUGA